UUAAUUCACUGGCCGUGGGCCGUGGCAACAAAGAAAUGGCAAUGUCUAAAUUGCAUCGUCUACUCUCAACGCCGCCGACCGGCCUCUCUCGUCCGGCUAUCAUCUUCUCCGCCUUCCGAUCGGAAUUCACCAACUCCACAAAUCGAUUCAUCUCCAAUUUGACUGAAAACCUUCAAACUCACCAAGAUCAGGACGGAGCCACUAACGAAGAAGAUAAGAUCCAAAAAGCUCAAGGUCACGGAGAGGAAAACGAUGAAGAUGAUGGCGAAGAGCUUGAUAUCAAUAAAGAGACCGGCGAAUAUGGUGGUCCCCGAGGUCCAGAGCCUACUCGUUACGGUGAUUGGGAACGUAAUGGUCGUUGCUCUGAUUUCUAAAUCCACACACUUUUCGUGCGAAAGAGGUUAGGUUUCAGUCGAUUAAAAAUCUAGAUCUUGUUAUAUGUUAAUCAAUGUUUUCCUUCUGUUUUUCUAGCUGUCUUACUAAUUGUAAUCGGAUAGAUAUGGUCCAUCUAUAUCGAUAUUCAGUAAUAAACAAAUUGUGAUUUGGGCGUUCA